AUGCAGCGUACAUCGGGUUUGGUGGUUUUCCUCCUAACCCAAGUUGCCUAUGCCCAGCAGACCCUCUGGGGCCAAUUAAGCACGACAAGCACGACUUCAACAUCCAAGACCACCCUGGUGACUACCACUGCCACUACCACUACCAAGGGAUCCACCACUGGAACUACCACUACGGCCCCUACUGUUACCAACAGUGGCAAUCCGUUCAGCGGCUACCAGCUCUACGCAAACCCAUACUACUCCUCGGAGGUCUUCACUUUGGCAAUUCCGUCUCUGACGAGCUCUCUCGCUGCUAAGGCCAGCGCAGUGGCUAAGGUCCCAUCUUUCGUCUGGCUUGACACGGCUGCCAAAGUUCCGACCAUGGGAACUUACCUUGCCGACAUCCAGACACAGAACAAGGCCGGUGCUAGCCCUCCCAUCGCUGGUAUUUUUGUGGUCUAUGACUUGCCGGACCGUGACUGCGCCGCUCUUGCCAGCAACGGCGAGUACUCGAUUGCCAACAACGGAGUUGCGAACUACAAAGCGUACAUUGACGCAAUCAGGGCUCAGAUUCUCAAGUACUCUGAUGUGCAGACUAUUUUGGUCAUCGGUCAGGCCCUAAACCCUAGUCAGCCCGAUAGUCUCGCCAACCUCGUAACCAACCUAAAUGUGGCUAAGUGCGCCAACGCUGAAAGCGCCUAUCUGGAGUGCGUCAACUAUGCGUUGAUUCAGCUCAACUUGCCAAAUGUCGCGAUGUAUAUUGAUGCCGGAAAACUCCCAUUUAUCCUUCUUAGAAAGGGAGUGGUGGCUGAGUCGAUGUAUCUAGGACACGCCGGCUGGCUAGGAUGGUCUGCUAAUCUCCAACCUGCCGCUACCCUCUUCGCCAACGUGUACAAGAACGCAUCGUCACCGGCUGCUGUACGCGGAUUGGCUACUAAUGUUGCCAACUACAAUGCCUGGACAAUCAGUCCGUGCCCAUCCUACACUUCAGGCGACUCCAACUGUGACGAGAAGCUUUAUGUCAAUGCAAUUGCCCCUCUGCUUCAGUCUGCCGGCUUCAAUGCUCACUUCAUCACCGAUACUUCCCGCAACGGUGUUCAGCCAACCAAGCAAAACGCAUGGGGUGAUUGGUGCAACGUCAUUGGCACUGGAUUCGGUGUUCGCCCCACGACAGAUACUGGCGAUGCUCUUCAGGAUGCAUUCGUUUGGGUUAAGCCUGGCGGAGAGUGUGACGGUACAUCAGAUACCACCUCGGCGCGAUACGAUGCCCACUGCGGAUACAGCGAUGCUUUGCAGCCUGCCCCUGAAGCCGGAACUUGGUUCCAGGCCUAUUUCGAGCAGUUGCUCACGAAUGCCAACCCGUCAUUCUAA